GUCGUUCUAUCGUUCUACGCGCGUUUCAGUUUCGGUUACGGUGAGGAUGCAGCUAACAAGAUAUGUUAAGAUUUGUGAAACCGAGGAUGACCAACCAAUCGAAGUGCCUCUGGAAGAUGAUGAUACUCUUUUACUAUCAACAUUAACCGCUCAGUUCCCAGACUGCACGGGACUAAAGUACAGGUCUGGCGACUCAGGAUGCUAUCGUGGUGUUCGUCUUUUGGAUGACCGUUUAUUUCCUCCCGCUGAUGGACAAUGGCAUGAAAACACUUUUUGUUGUGUCUUUCCAAAAUGUUCUAAGAGAAAAGCAGAUGAAGAUUCGUUAGAUUCCAAAAUGAAGCAAAAACGUUUUGAUAAAAAAACAUGUACGGACUUGAUAGUGUUAAACUUGCCUUGGCGGGCCGAUGAAGAGACUUUACGUGACUACUUUAGCCAGUAUGGUGACCUUGUGAUGAUCCAGAUCAAGCGAGACCCCGUAACCCAACAAAGCAAAGGAUAUGGGUUUAUCCGCUUCGCUGAUUAUACAGCACAAGUUAUGUGUUUAGCUGAACGACAUACCAUUGAAAAUCGACAGUGCGAUGUUCGCAUUCCUAUAUCAAAGAUGGAGGGUGACCGUCAAGAAGUUUCCCGAAAAGUUCACAUUGGAAGAUUAACAGAAGAUAUUAGUCCCGAAACUCUGCGCCAGCAUUUCUCCCAAUAUGGAAGAGUUUCUGAUGUCUUCAUACCCAAACCCUUUCGAUCGUUCGCCUUCAUUACGUUCGAUGAUCCUGAGGUUGCAGCUUCUUUGUUAGGCAAGGACCAAGAAAUUCAAGGUAUUCGUAUAAGCGUUGGUUCUGCAGUCCCCAAACUCCCUCCCUCUGCCCGUCAAAGUAACACUAAUAAUCAACGAAUUCCAGUUACCUCGAUGCAAGCUGCUCUUCAGUCAACAAUGAUGGGAACUCAACAAUGGGGUGCUUGGCCACCAGCUUAUGGAGGUAUGGUUCAAAAUAACCGAUAUGGAGGGCAACAUUCUUCCGGUAAAGGUGGAAGUCGAAACGGAUCAAUGGGGGGAAUGAAUCCAGCAGCUGCAGCAGCUGCUGCUGUUUUAGCAGCAGAAUAUACUCGUGUCCAUCAUACUCGAAACUCAGGUACCCCAGCAAAUGGGCAACCAGAAUACAAUGGAGUAUCUGUGGAUUCUUCAAAUUCUGCUGCACUUGCUACGAUGAAUAUCUUAAGUAAUCCGAAUGUAGUAGCCGCCAUUGUUAGCGCUGCCACUGGAGCUGGCAAUACUUCUAUGCUUGGCAAUUCUGGUGUAAGUUUGUUUGCAGAUCAUUCUAACAAAUUGACAACACAUCAACCUAGAUAUACUUUCGCCAAUAUUGGACUGCAUAAUUCUCAUGCAAGUACAUUUCACAUUGUUAAAAUUUUACUUAGGCGAUAAUAUCUUUUUUCUGUUUUAAUCAGAGAUGUGACUCAGUUACCAAGCAGAAUUUUAGGUAAUUAGCUUUAAACUACACUUUGUAUGUGUGUACUGAUGAUACUAAACCAAAGUCUUAAGCUGAAACCUGUUGGUCGAAAGCUGAGUACUAAAACCGUAAGUCAUUACUCAGCUACCAUUUGAGGAAAUCGUUUUUGGCCAUAGACCUACGCUUUUGAAAAUCAUUCAUUCAUAAAACAGAUUUUACUUACCAUCAGUAUUCGUUUGUUCAUCAUACAGUAGGUGUAAUAUGAAGUUUCCUCAUUCUUUUCUGUUUUCAGCAAAUGAAUACUUAAAUUUGACAUAAUAAUCAUUAAUUGUAACACAGAUUAUCGUAUAAGUAGGUGAAAAUUAAGUACGCAGAUUUUUGUAAAAUAAAUAAAAUACCAGAACAUUCAAGUUACUGAAGUUUUUUAGUCCUAAGUACUCUAGUGCUCAUAGACGGGGACAUUUGUAUUAAUAGUAUCUGAAACGAAAAAAAUAUCAAAAGAUUAAACCUGCGUGUGCAGAAAAAUCUAAUUAGAAUUCAGAUUUUACUAAUCGUUAAAUUGUAACAUUAGUUUUUUCGAAAGUUUGUUUUUACUUCACACCCUCCAAUUAUCACAUUUAGUCCAUAUCUUUCCUUAAUAUAAAGGCCUCGCUUUUUGUGGUCUCAUCAUUUUGCCACCGUAUAUAUUUCCAAAUAUUAAAAUCCAUAUUAAAUUAUGUUGAUUUCUCAUUUUCACUUUUCUGUAAUGCUGAUAUGAUACUGUUUAAGUAUUUAGACCCAAGUAGAUGAAUUCUAACCCCACUGACCCGAAAUUAAGAAUAAAGCGCUUUAAUCACUCAGCUGAUGUCUUUUUUUGAAGAAAGUUUGCAAAUUUACUCAACCUAAAAUUUCCUCUUAAUAUUAAUUCCUACAAAUUGCAAAAACAUUUAUUAACCAAGUAUCGAGUCAGUCCUUCUUGUAUUGCCGUACAUCAAACUGUGUAACUCAUUAUAAUGGUUUUAAUUUUAAUGGGCCUCAUAUUUAUAGUUAGCUAUUCACGUGGUUCCUAAUUAGUACACUUUUAUUUAGUUUACUCCUUAUUAUCAUUUCGAAAUGUAAUGAAGAGCGAUUCUGAAACGUCUUGAAUUUUUCAAGGGUUUGCCGGCCCAUCGCUUUUAUUGUAAAAUACUCGUUUGAUCUCCUAGCAGGGAAUAGUGUACAUUGAUGUAAUCAUAUUUUAUGCUAAAUCUCACUAAUCAGGAAAGUAGCAGCAUCGAUAAGUACAUUGUAAAAAGAAUAAACUUAUAACUGUUUUGUAACGUUGGGUUUUGCCUAUCUACUAGACAUUAAGUAGCUAACCAUAUAAUAAACUGACACAAAUGUCUAGCAACCAUCUAGGGAUCAGACCGAGAAGGGGCAUCGGCCUCGUGACUUCCAAAGAAUUUCGGCUUUCAUCAUUUUUUUCAACUCACAGGGCAGAAUUUAAUUUGUUCUGGUUGGCGUUUUUUAGAAGGGUUGUUUCCUACAGGAUAGGGAUGCUGGCCCCACACAUAUAUUUGGUACCCCCUUGUACCAAUAUUUAUGCGUUCAAAUAAGUAAAUGUCCCCCCCUCAUAAUUCGCCGUCCUGCUCUACCCAGACUCGAGACCGUCAGUAGUCUUAUAACAGCUACAGGCAGAGUUGUGCAGACUUAUGUUCGGAUCUUAAUCGAUCCUUCCCAAAAUCCGCGUUCUCAGAUCGUCACCAAAUGGAAUUUCAGUGUCUAGAAAUUUUAAGCUCUAUUUACUGCUAAAUCAAGUUGAUCCAGCAAAUAUUACUGAUAAAUCUUCUAAUGUUCCCUAGGCUCUUCUAGUAACCCCUAGGGUAGAUCGACACGUCAACUUGAAAUAUGGAAAGAACGCUUUAUUCCAAGUUUAGUUUAUGUACAGAAAAUCUAGGGUAUCUAUAGAAUGUUAGAUAACCUUGAGCUGCUGGAAAGUUCUGGAACCCAUCUAAACACAUUACGAUUGGUAAUGCUUUUUAAAAAACCUCCACUGAUGCUGAUUGGAUAAUAUGUUUCUUUUCAUUGUCGCUCGCCUCUGAUUAUCAUGUCUGUUUUUUUAUUAAAUCGAGAGUUACAAAUUAUGUCUGAAAUAAAUCAUGAUUAAUCAUUAAGUGAAUGCUAUCACACUCGAUGAAGUAUCUAACUUUUACUUCAUGAGUAUUCCACAUUUAUUCUUUUCUGACAACCUGUAUUUCCUGUUUGGAUUUUUUUUAGGCACUUUAACACGAUGAAUGGAUUCAAGGUAUUCAAUACUCAACUCCUGCAUUUCUUACUUCCUCCUUAAUUUUGGCUCCAUUGAGUCUUUGUUUUGUAUCACUUGCCCGAACUAAAUGGGUUGUGUCAAUUUGUUGGUAAAAGAAUUGGUUUUUCAUUAUUCAAGCAACUGUGUAUUUGUUUGGGUCAGUGUGUUGUAAAUCGGUGAUUACUCCAGGGUAUAUGUACUUCUAUUGUACGACUGUUAGUAGUGAGUCAAAAGCUUGCGUGUUUCUUUGCAUAUUGGUGUCAAUCGUGCGAUGUUAUUCGUGUACUCUGUGUGAAAGUUAUGGUACAUAAUGUUGAGAUAUGAGUGAUCAGACUGUUUGACAUGUGAAUUCUGGUGCUGCCACGUUUCAGAAAGCUGUGCUGUGUAAUGAAAGCAUCAGAAAAUAUGUUGGUAGAUUUUGGUGUUUCUAAAACAGACUAUCAGAGUUCACUCAAUAAGACGGAGGUAAUCCUGAAAACUUCCUGUGUAGGUAAUAGUAUUUUUGUAAAUACUGUCUAAGAGUAAUAUCUCUGACUUCCAACGAUAAUCAUUAAGGGUAACAAAUAGUGGGUUGCCAUAAAUCAAAAAGUUAUGGAGUAGAUACUUAGUGAUUGAAGAAGUAAGUUACGGUUACUGAUAAUGACUGCUAACUUUGUCAUUGAACUGACUGGAUUGCCUGGUCCCUUUUUAUGGUUGAUUAGUUGACGAAUGCAUUGGUUCAAGUCCUUACACUUUCGUUCGUCUGUUUAAAUUUUGAUUUUGUUCUGUUUGCUGCGUAUAUGAUUUGCAGAUAUAUUUGUGAAGUUGUUUCUGCUGCUUAGAUAGUUAAUAAAUGACUGUUUAUAACUCAAAUCCUAUAAGUCACUUUACUUGACUACUUAAAUCUUGAUAAUUUGACACAGAAAUUCGUAUGGCUCCUGAUGCCCAGUGGCUGGUCGGAUGUUGAUUUAUCUAACGUUUAGUAAACACUUUAUAUUUAUAUCAAAAUCUUCCGAUUCGUUCAUUCUGUGAACAAUCUAUACAUCAUAUUUCACUUACAUUUCUAUACUUAACAAAGUUGAUACUUCUAAUUACGUGAUUAUUUUCAAUUGUGCUUCCUUUCAAGCUUAGUUAACCAUAGUCAACUUUAAAAUUCAAAAUUUGACUUACUAUAAAUGCUCCUAAAAUUUGUUUUCCUCUUGUAAAUGGUCAGUUGCUACACACAUGUUUCGCUCAUUAUAUUGUUCUUGGAAACUUAGUAACUUGUGACAGUGGACAUAAAUUUCUACAUAAUGUUGUUCACGUAUCGUAGUAACUGUAGUACUUUCUUACCUGUUUUUAUACAAAUGUGCAAUAACCCCGGACUUUCUUCAACUGGUUAUUUCUUUUUAUGAUUUGUGAGUCAUUUAGAUCAUUCAAUAUUGUUUCACAUAUCUGUUCCACCAACUAUUAACAUACAAACCUAAUAUAUGAUAAUUGCGCAAUAGACGAAUUUCUUCGCCGAUAAAUGCAAAUUUCGAGUCAGUCGCUUGAGAUCAAACAAAAUUGGUGGCUAUAUGUAUAGAGGUGCUAAGUUAGGCAAGUAGCAUAGUGUUUUAAUCAAAGUUCAUUAUUUGAGCGGUCAUUCGUUUUGUCACUUCUUUUCUAGUGUGUAAUCAAGAGUCCUCAUUUCUCCGAUAUGUAAGGCUGUUUGUGUUUCCGUAACAACAUGCUUGUUCAUAAAUAUAGACUCAUUGUGCUCC